AAUAGGAAGCCGGACCGGCAUCCGUUGAAUCGCCGUCAUUCCUCCUGCACGCUCAUGUCCGUGCACCCUUCAUCGAGCUCGCCAUCGUCGCCAGUGUCGAGAACGUCAUCUCGACACCACAACCAUUCACCUACGCGCUCGCCGACGCUUUCUGCGGCAAUGCCAGCACCUCCCAUAGCAUCCACGUCCUCGGUCUCUUCUACACCGCCUGCUGAUGAUUCCCAGUCACGACCGUCGUCGCGCUGGAUGAAUUCUCUUCGCAAGAUAGAUUCACUGUAUCAUCUUGGUGAGCCAGCACACCGUGAGCAUUCAUAUCCUUCUACGCCUGUGAAUAUCUCGCACAAAACCCCCUUCGCACCGCAUGGCAACGCAUCAGAGGCGUCAUCUAUUGUCUACAUUCCGCCUACAGGAGCGCCGGGGUACCGUGGAGAAGCCUAUGACUGGGACACAGGAGCUCUUGAGAAGAAAGCUUCCUAUGUUGAUUUGAAAGGAAGAAGAGAGAAUACUGUGAGUAUAUUAGAUGUGCACCUAGCCAACAUGAUCCGGAACUACCUUCCUGCUCUCUCCCGCCUUCCCCGUUCAUGGUCACUCCUCUACUCACUAGAUCAGCACGGCAUAUCACUCAACACGCUUUACACGCGAUGUGAACAGCCGAAGCCGUGUGGCGCACUUGUCGUGUUCAAGGACGAAGGAGAGACCAUUUUCGGUGCAUUUGUGAGUGAUGGGAUACGGCAGAGCAGGGGAAGAGGGCACUAUGUAUUUAAAUGGACAGGGCGAAACGGUUAUGUUGCACUGUGCGAGCCGGGCUACAUGAGCUUUGGUGGUGGAGACGGGUCGUAUGGACUGUACAUCGAUGCGAACCUGUUGGAGGGUUCAUCAGCACCAUGUCCGACAUUUGCGAAUGAGCCGCUAUGUUCUCCGGGGCAUAGUAUAAGAGGUACAGUGCCGUUUGAGUGUGUGGGGGUGGAAGUGUGGAGAGUGGGCUGAUUUCAUCGAUAUAUACCCUAAUUACUUACUUGUUGUACCAUUAUUAUUGACCCUCAGACAUUCCUAUCUCACACUUGCAAUUACUCUCACUCACUUUCUAACUUCCUACGUUCAAUGACUUUUGAAACUGCGACUGCAACUACCAACUCCAUUUAUUGGUUGGGUUAGGUCAAAUCUUUUCCAACAAUCAAGAUCUACUAGAAUAUCUACACAUGCGCGAGUUGUACGAGAAUUAUAUACGUAACUCUUCAGCUAUGCUGUACCAGAAUUCGCAUCGUUCAUUCAAUGCGUCUGUAACAUUCUCCAACUGAACAUUUCCAGGCUGUAAAAGCAUCCGCGGGCUUCCAUCACUCGACGAUGCAAUCUGUAAAUCAUAGUCACCGUAAAUUUG